GUCGCUAUUAUAAGAAUAAAAAUAAUGACUUACACAAGAUCUAAUCCAAUCUAUCUAUUAAUAAUAAUAAUUCCCUAACUAACAAAUACUACUAAUUUAAAUAAUAACUCUAGAAUUUGAGCUUUUCUGGCAGCCUACUCUGAGGUUGGUGGAAUCUUGAUAUCUACGUUGGUACCACUAUGGCACACAUCAUUGAUGGAAAAGCAAUUGCACAGACAAUUCGUUCGGAAAUUGCGUCUGAAGUUAGUAUCUUGGUUGAGAAAUAUGGCAAGGCACCCGGACUUGCUGUAGUCAUUGUUGGACAUCGAAAAGAUUCUCAAAGCUAUGUUAGCAUGAAGAGAAAAGCAUGUGCCGAGGUUGGAAUUACCUCUAUUGACAUAGACCUCCCAGAACAAGUCCCUGAAGCUGAAUUGAUAGCAAAAGUUCAUGAGUUAAAUGCAGAUCCCAGUGUACAUGGUAUAUUGGUUCAGCUUCCUUUACCGAAACACAUAGAUGAAGAAAAAGUAUUGACUGAAAUCAGUAUCGACAAGGAUGUAGAUGGCUUUCAUCCUCUUAACAUUGGCAAACUUGCCAUGAAAGGCAGAGACCCCUUAUUUCUACCUUGUACCCCAAAGGGAUGUAUUGAACUUCUGAAACGCACUGGUAUUACUAUAAAGGGAAAGCGGGCGGUGGUUGUUGGUAGAAGUAACAUUGUUGGGUUACCAGUUUCUCUGUUGCUGCUUAAAGAAGAUGCUACAGUUACUGUGGUUCAUUCACGUACACCAGAUCCACAAAGUAUCAUAUGUGAGGCAGAUAUCGUCAUUGCUGCAGCAGGACAAGCUAUGAUGAUAAAGGGUAGCUGGAUAAAGCCAGGUGCUGCAGUUAUUGACGUUGGCACGAAUGCCGUUGAUGAUGCUAGUAGAAAAUCGGGAUACAGGCUUGUGGGUGAUGUUGAUUUCGAGGAAGGAUGUAAAGUAGCCGGAUGUAUUACGCCAGUUCCAGGGGGUGUUGGGCCCAUGACUGUAGCAAUGCUGCUUAAAAACACUUUGGAUGGUGCCAAACGUGUUAUUGGACAGUAACACAGUUUUGAGGCAUUUCAGUUUUUGUUACAAGAAAUCUGCAUCUCAUGCUGUUGUAGUUUUCCAUGAGCAUAUAAGCUCAUUUCAUUUUGACUCUUUGAGUGUAUAAGAGUAUUGUUCAUUUGUGUAUGUAAUUUUGAUUUUGACCCGACUUUAUCUUCUUACUUUAGAAUCCACAAAACUAUGUUAUCUAAUAAAAAUAAAGUGACAUAAUUUUUGUGAUGCC